AUGGCUUCGGAUCAUCCAGACCUCACAUUUGUUGAGCCAGAGCAAGUAGUCGAGUUAGUAAAAGACAAGACCAAAGUACCCGGCAAAGAUUAUUUGCUGGUUGAUGUUCGUGAUGAAGAAUACGAGAAACAUCAUGUUCCUAAUUCCGUCAACUUUCCGUCCGCUAGUCUUGCCGAAUCAGUUAAAGAUCUCAUUGCUGAGUAUAACCAAGUCCCACAAGUAGUUUUUUAUUGUGGAUUGUCACAACGACGUGGCCCCAACUCUGCUAGACUCUACACCGAAGCGUUAUCAAAAUGCGCCGUGAAAAAUGAACAAAAAAUUGUGGUCAUGAAAGGCGGAUUCACAGGAUGGAAUGAAAAAUUCGAAAAUGAUGACGAGAUUUCCAAAUCCAAAACAAAAAAACUGGAAUCUUCUUCCAAAGAAACCGCAUCAUCUUCCACUUCACGUAUUUCCAAUACCAACAACACAAAAUCAAAGCCACCAGAUAGCAACAACAAUCAAAUUUCUACAAAAUUUAGUCUAUGGAAUGUUCAAAUAAAUAUACAACCAACAGAUAUUUUCGGCUUAGGAAUGAUGGCAAAUGCAAUCACAUCGUGUGUUAUGGCAAACUUGAGAUUUUUGGAGAAACAAACACAAACUAUUGUUGGAUGA